CUCUUUCUCCAGAGGGGGCUGAAGCCCAGAAUUCCCCACCAUGGAUUUCCAGCACCGCCCUGGAGGGAAGACGGGCAGCGGCGGCGUCGCCUCGGCCUCGGAGAGCAACCGGGACCGGCGGGAGCGGCUGCGGCAGCUGGCCCUGGAGACCAUCGACAUCAACAAGGACCCCUAUUUUAUGAAAAAUCACUUGGGCUCCUACGAGUGCAAGCUCUGCCUGACACUGCAUAACAACGAGGGGAGUUACUUAGCACAUACACAGGGGAAGAAGCAUCAGACCAAUUUGGCCCGGCGAGCUGCCAAGGAAGCCAAGGAAGCCCCUGCCCAACCUGCCCCAGAGAAGGUCAAAGUGGAAGUGAAGAAAUUUGUGAAAAUUGGGCGCCCAGGUUACAAAGUGACCAAACAGAGAGACCCUGAAACAGGCCAGCAGAGCCUUCUCUUCCAGAUCGAUUACCCCGAGAUUGCCGAGAGCAUCAUGCCCCGGCACCGGUUCAUGUCGGCCUACGAGCAGCGCAUCGAGCCCCCCGACCGGCGCUGGCAGUACCUGCUCAUGGCAGCCGAGCCCUACGAGACCAUCGCCUUCAAGGACGAAGCUCCUUCCAAGGGUGGCCUCUCCGAGCUGCAGGGUGUGAGUCUGGCUCAUCCCUCUCUCCUGGUGUUGAUGGGAUGGGAUGUGCCAGUCCCCGUGAGGAUCCAAGCCCAGACAUCCACCCUCCUUUAG